AUGUCAGGCUAAAAUAAAGAAGCAAAAAUCAUCUAAAUAGGAUAAAAAUAUGCUAGCAAAGGUAUGAUAAAUUACUUUGGAUCUAAUAAGAAAGCAAGAGUUAUCAAUCCAGCCGCUUCAACCACAAAAAAUACAAAUCUUUUUAAAUUUAAUCUGUAUUACAUGAAGCAUUCAAACCUAUUAUUCUAUUGA